AUGGGAACAUGUUCAUAAUGUACCACAAAAUAUGAAAUAAUAGAAAGCGAAACUUUCAAGAAAUACGAAAGUGUAGAUAAGAAAUUAUUGGAAUUAAAUUAAAUAUCUAAAACUACAAUCUUUGAAAAAAAGAGUAGUAAUUAAAAGAGGGACAAUGAUCAAUUAAUCAAUAAAGUUUUUGAGGAUUCAAUAGAAAUAAGUGAAGUGAAUUAAGAAAAGGAUGAAGUAUUAUGGAUACAUGAAAGUCUAAAGAGAGGAAAAAGAAAAUAUAGCUUUUAAUAGUAAAUGAAAAGGCUAAAUCAUGAAGAUAAAAAAGUAACGAAAAAUUAAAAAAUAAUUCAUGUGACAGAUCCAAAUUUGGCUUAAAAUUUUUCAAAUUCUUCGAGUUCAAUGAGUUAAUUUUGUGAUUUGAGUAAACAUUUGAAAAUGUGUGAGAAAUAAAAUAUUUAAUCCAAUGAUAGUAAAUCAAUAAAAAGUAUUUUGAAAAAAAGAAAAAAGAGAAAUAGUGAAAGUAAAUCUGUUCAUUUUGCUUGUAAUACAGAAUCAAGUUAGUCAUAAUUAAAAUCAAGAUCAUGUAGCCAUUCAAAAAAAAAGAAAAAAAAAAGAAAAAUUUAAUUCAUUGACAAUUAUUAAUUUUGA